CAACUACUUACUGAAGCUGCCAUUACCCGCCAUUCUCGCUUUCCUUCUUUCUUCAUUCAAUUUCUCUCCUCAUCUCUCACCCUCACAAUUCGAUCCAGAUCACGGCUCUACAGUCUUCACACUCUCUCUUCACUUUAGCUGCUUUUACCCGAUCCUAGGCACCAACAGAAGAACGGAUGGAAGGCUUGAUCAAGGGUUUGGUUAACGUCGCGAUUGGCCAUGGCGACGAUGGCGAACGCGACGAACAGCGCCCCAGAUCCUCCUGGGCCGAGGUUGUCUCCGGUGAAAAUGACGAUCAGGAGUCCGGCAGUAGCCAUCCUAGCCGCCGACAGCCUUCUCGGCCGACGGAUUACUCGGCUUCCGAGGAUCAUAGGGGAGGAAGGAGAGGUGAGGAAUGGGAGUCUGCAGAUUCGAAUUCUUCGAGACAACCUCAAAAGGCUGCCUAUGAAGGACAAGAAAGUGAAGCCAAGGUUGAUCACAGGAGAAACCAGUGGGGAAGAGAGGAAGAAAGAGAGGACAGUAACGAUGGCUGGGAAACUGUUGGCAAGAAGCAUCCUAAACAGCCCCACAAGGUGGUGAAGGAUAACUGGAAUUCAUAUAAACAAGCUCCAUCCGAGCAACAAUACUCGGAAGAGUUUGGAGAGAGUUCUGCUUUGGAGCCUACAGAACAGGAACUCUCAGACCUGUCAGCUGCUUGCAACAAACUGUGGGAACUCGAUACAAACCGGUUGGUUCCUGACAGGGACUAUCAGAUUGAUUGUGGGGAGGGGAAGAAAGUCUAUCAGAAGGAUGACAUGGCGGAAGGCUGCCUGUUUAGCUGGUUGAGUGAUGAUGUGUUUAGAAAGCCUACUUAUUCUCGUUUUUGCUCACUGCUGGAUAACUACAAUCCGAAUGCCGGGAGUAAAGAGGUUGUCACAUCUGAAGAGAGGCAAGAGCAGGCUGGUUUUAUCGAAGAAAUCAGCAGAACUGCACCUAUUAAAUACCUCCACAAAUAUCUUGCUGCAAAGGGUAUGGUAUCUGGAAAUUACCAAGAUUUCAAAAGAACUUUGUCCAGCCUAUGGUUUGAUCUCUACAAUCGAGGUGGAACAUCUGGUUCCUCAUCUGCUUUUGAGCAUGUGUUUGUGGGAGAAAUCAAGCAGUGUGGGGAACAGCAAGUUUCUGGGUUCCACAACUGGCUUCAGUUCUACCUAGAGGAAGCGAAGGGGAACGUGGAUUACCAAGGAUAUAUCUUCCCUCGCCGGCGUGGACAGAUUCCGGACUCCGAGAGUCAGUUGCUGACAAUUCAGUUCGAAUGGAACGGAGUUCUAAAGUCUGUGUCCAGCACUUUAAUUGGUGCCAGCCCAGAGUUUGAAAUGGCCCUCUAUACGCUUUGCUUCUACGCCGGAGGAGAAGAGAAUCAUGUGGAGUUAGGUCCAUAUUCCGUGAACAUAAAAUGCUAUCGCUUUGGCAACAAACUAGGAUCUGCCUUCCCCAUGGCCGAUUCUUGAAAACCUAUUCUUUCGUGUUGUUAUUAUUGUUUGGAUUUAACUGACCUUUCUAGCUACUUGUGUAAUGUUACUACUUAUUAAUGGUGUGUAUCAGUGUAUAUGCACUGCCGACGAACAGAAAGGGCCCAUAUUCAGAUUCAGUACAUUAGAUCACCAUAUCAGUAGCAAUGGUCCUCUGUAGUGAUAAGAAACAUCUAGCCAUUGGCAACGAUGACCAGAAGGAAGGAGUGUAAGAAAACUUGAGUGGUUUGAACUUUGAAGAAUUGUUCAGUAUGAAUGUACUUUUGCUGUGAUUGAGAAGAACUAUGUAUCCAUUUGUUUCAGCUGGUUGGAGUCUACAGAUUGUUUGUUUGUAGUAUCAAAUAGGGGAUGUUGAAGUGUGAUCGGUUAAUGUUUUGGAAGAU